AUGGAGGCUCCCGACGACACGACCUCGACGGCGGACGAGCACAAGGAGGAGGAGCGCAAGGAGGGCGACCCGCCCGGCGACAUCGCCGUGGAGCCGGCGGCGCCGCCGUCGCCCGGCGGCGCCGGGCGGGGCCCCGAGGCCGACGGCGGCCCGCCCAAGGCCGCGCGGGGCGACGAGGUGCUCUGCGUCUGCUGCAACUACGGCACGGUGGCGCGCUGCGUCGACUGCGUCUGCGGCUUCGAGCAGCUCAACUACAACGAGGAGAACCUCAUCUACAAGAACGUCGUCCGGCUGGCGCUUUUGGUCGCGUGCGCGUUCUACGCCUACGAGACCUGCGGCGUCGUCGAGAAGCGGUUCCAGGUCUACGCCCACGCGCCCUACUGGGUGCGCUACUCCCACAUCUUCGCCGAGGCCCUGGGCGACGGCGCGAAGCGGCGCCAGCCGUCCGCGGAGCGCGCGGGCGCGUUCGACCCCGCGGGCGUGUCGAACCUCAUCGACCGGCUCUACGGCGACUCCUACUCCAAGGCGGACCUGGCCCUCCUCAAGCAGAGCCACUGCAACGCGUCCGUCGUCCUCGAGUCGGCCAACGGCAAGCGGGACACGGACGACUGCGGCAUCGACGCGCCCGUGUACAAGCGGGGCUGCCGCGCGGGCUACUACGAGCCGCGCGGCGCCGCGCGCGGGCCGAACCCCCACCUCGACACGGCGGCGCCCUGCCCCGACGGCUUCUUCUGCCUCGCGGACGUGACGUGCUUCAUCGCGUGCCCGCUCGGGUCGCCGGACCGCGUCGGCGUCGAGUGCCUCGCGGGCCACUUCUGCCCCCAGGGCUCCUUCCACCGCGUGCGCUGCCGCUGGUACGAGCAGUGCGAGGGGCCCGGCCGCGUGAGCGCGAACAAGUUCUACGCGAUGGCGGCCAUCGCGGGCAUCGUGUUCCUCCUCGCGUUUGGCACGUCGAGCGUCUGGGUGUCGCUCAUGGCCUACCUCCACCUCCGGCGCGUCGCGCGGCGCCACGUCGCGCCGCGCGACGACGCGUCCUUCGCGGCGCUCCGCGCGUCGUCGGACGGCGACCGCGAGGCGUCGCUCGCGUCGCGCGCGGCGCCCGACGACGGCGACGACUACGCGUCGCGGACGCGGCGCGCGUGCUUCGCGGCCGUCGGCGCCUGCGGCUUCGUCGUGCGCCACGCGAAGCGCCAGGCCUACGUGCUCGUGCACGCGGCGCUGACGGCCUGCGCGCCGUCGGCGACGGCGCUCGACCCCCAGUCCAUCUUCCGCCGCGACGCGGAGCGGCGCCACUGCUGCGGCGUGUCGCCCGCGAACCAUUUGCGCGUGGCCCUGGCCGCGGGCCUGUCGCUCGUGGCCCUCGUGCUCGUCACGCUCGGCCGGCUGUCGUCGUUCCACGCGCUCGUCGGCGCCUACGCCGGCGUCGCCGCGCUGCUGGUCGCGAGCUCCUGCGCGCUGUGCACGUUCCAAAGAGCCGCGGGCGCGCGGACGUGCCUGCUCUGCUCCAAGGAGGGCCACGCGGCCAUGGCGCUGCUCGGCUGCGCCGUCGGCCUCGGCUUCGGCGCGCUCGUCGUGCUGCGCCGGGGCGUCCUCGACUACGACGACGACGGCGUCGACGACGACGCGGCGCCGCGGCACCUCGAGGUGAAGAUCUGCCUCGCGGGGCUGGGCGUCGGCGCGCUCGGCGCCUUGGGGGUUAUCGCGCUGAGUUCGAAACGCUUCAAAAAAGUCAAGGCCGAGCCGCCGGUGCUCGGCGGCGACCUCGAGACGCCGCUGCUGGUCACGCGGCAGCCGGGCGACGACGACGCGGCGGCCCUCGUCGCCGAGCGCGAGUCGGCCGCCCCGCGCGCGAGCGAGCGCGACUCGCUCGCGUCGUCGGCGUCGCGGCCCGUGCGCUUCACCAUCGACGUCGACUUCGAGGACCUGGGGCUCAAGCUCCGCAGCUCGGGGCUGCAGGUGCUCAAGGGCGUCACGGGCCGCUGCGCGUCCGGGCGCGUCACGGCGAUCAUGGGCCCGUCGGGCGCGGGGAAGACGACGAUGCUCAACGUGCUCAGCGGCCGCGCGUCCUACGGCGUGACGACGGGCGUCGUCGCCAUCAACGGCGUGCCCGAGAGCGUCCAGGGCUUCGGCCCCUUCGUCGGGUUCGUGCCCCAGGAGGACACGAUGCACACGAACCUGACGGUGGGCGAGAACGUCGAGUUCUACGGCGCGCUGCGCCUGCCGCGGCACUACACGGCGUGGGACGUGCGCAAGGUCGUCGAGCGGACGCUCGAGGUGCUCGGGCUCGAGCACAUCGAGGGGUCCGUCAUCGGCGACGCGGAGAAGCGCGGCAUCUCCGGCGGCCAGCGGAAGCGCGUCAACGUGGCCAUGGAGAUCGUCAGCGACCCGAGCCUGCUCUUCCUCGACGAGCCGACGACUGUGCCGAAUUCAACCGCUGGUUUGGGUGGUCCUGACCAAACUUCAGAAUUCUCGAGCUCGGUCACAUCGAAGCCGACGAGCGGGUUGGACAGCACGACGUCCUUCGAGCUCGUCCAGUCGCUGCGGGUCCUGAGCGGGCGCAAGGUCAACGUCGUCGUCGUGCUCCACCAGCCGUCCUUCUUCAUCUUCCGCAUGUUCCACGACGUGCUGCUCCUGUGCCGCGGCGGGCGCACCGCCUACUGCGGGCCGUCCGAGGGCGCGCUCCCCUACUUCGAGGCGUCGGGCUUCUCCAUGCCGGCCUUCGAGAACCCGGCGGACUUCUUCAUGGACGUCAUCGCGGGCAAGGCCGCCGUCCGCGACGGCGCGUCGCCCUUUUCGGACGCGCUGGCGGACGUCGCGGGCGUCCAGGACAGCCGCAAGGGCGCGCGGCAGCACGCGGCGGCGCUCGCGGAGCUCUGGGAGCGCCACGCGGGCGAGUCCCGCGACACGCUCGAGGACGCGCCGCACCCGACGACGCCGGGGCGGCUGGAGCCCGCGGGGCGCCUGUCGCGGUCGAGCCGCCGCGCGCACCGGAAGCUCGGCCGCGCGUCGCGGAAGCGCCAGCGGCAGGUCCGGAAGAUGGCCACGAAGCUCUCGCAGUUCAACAUCUUCUUCCGGCGGACGUGCCUGCUGCUGGCGCGCGACCGCCACCAGUUCGCCGUCGACUGCUGCAUCCAGCUCGCCUGCGGCGCGUUCUUCGGCCUCCUCUACGAAAACUUUGAGUUCAAGGACGCGCAGACGCUCUUCUUCAUGCUGAACCUCGGCGUGGGCCUCACGGCGUCCCUCGCGUCGCUCCGCGUCUUUGGCAGCGACCGCGCCGUCUUCUGGCGCGAGGCGGCGCCGGGAUCGGGCAUGGAGCUCGACCGCUUCGCCUACUUCCUCGCGAAGAACGCCGUCGAGGUGCCGCGGCUCGCCGUCUUCGCGACGCUGACCCUCGCGACCUUCGCGCGUUGUCGGCGUCGUGGUUUUAUUUUUUUGAGGGCGACAUAUAGUUGCGCGGUUCGCGGUGUCGGGCUUCGCCUGAGCAUGGUCAUGCUCGUCCUCGUCUUCGUGCUCUUCUGCGGCAUCUCGCCGAAGCUGAGCCAGAUCGACAACAUGGGGCCGGCGGCGCAGCGCGCCCCGGCGCGCGCGGUCUCUCGCUCUCGCGGCCUCGCACCGGGCCCUCGUAGGUACGCCUCCGCGCUGAGCUACGGGCGCUGGUACGUCGAGGGCCUCUACACGUCGCAGACGCGCCAGCUGAGCGACGCGUGGAAGAUGCGCGUUUUCCCAGCGCCGCGGCCCUGGGCGUGGUACGCGAAGCCGAACCAGGACUGCGCGCUCGCGGGGCUCUUCUCGCUGUCGUUCUCGGAGCUCUACCGCGCGAAGUCCGGCCACCUCCGGACCAUCAACGACCUCAACAUCCCCAUCCUCUUCGCCAUCGGCGCCGCCAUGCGCGUCGUCUCCUACCUCCUGCUGCUCCUGUGCAACCGCGACAAGAUGGGCAAGCAGACGAUUCUGCAGCUCCUCGCGCAGUUCUUCCUGAAUCCCGUCUCCGACCUGCUGGACGACGUCGUCGGCGCCUGGGAGCGCGGGUUCGGGCGGAAACGGCGGGGGGAGCGGGUAUAA